GUGGGACAUGUAGUCCACCGCGGCGGCCCGGCCCGCGGGCGGGGAGCGGAGCUAGGGGUUGAGAGCCCGGGCGCCGCGGCGCGGGCCGCAGGCAAACCCGCGGACUGGCCCUCAAGACCCCAGGGUUGGCCAGAGUUGGGACCCGGUACCGGUCCUUUCACUUCCCUGAGGCCUCCGUGGAUUUGCCUAGGAAAAAUGAAAGUUGUGAGGAGGGCCUUGAAGGUCCGUUUCAGCCGGGGACUGUGAGGCAAGGCAUGAUGUAGGCCCCCCCGAAAGGCGGUGCCCGAGCUGGGAGGAGCCCUCCCAGGAAACGUCCCCCCGCUGCCCGGGCCCGGCGCCCCUCCCCCGGCCUGCGGGUCCGCGCUCGCACCUGGCCUUGGCACACCCCUUUGUUUUCGCACGUGGCGUUCCUGCUGCGGGAGGCGGGCCCGGUCCCGCCUCUUCUGCCGCGGAAGAGCCCCCAUGCUUUGGUCCCGCUGGUCUUGUCGGAGCCCGCCCCAUCGUCCCCUCCCCGGGCGCGGACGCCGCUGCCGGCGCCCCUGUUCGCGUGUCCACGGCGGUCCCUGGUCCCGGUGUUGCUCCCCGCGGGCCUCAGCCCUGGGAGGUGCGAGCGGGAGCUCGGCCUCUGUCCUGCCCACAGUCGGUGCCCUCGAAGAAGUAGCUGCGCCAACACUGCAGGACACCAGAUCGUCAUGGCCAGGUGGCACGGUGCUGUGACCGGCUCAGUCGGGGUCCAGUCCCCACUUCCAAACCACACCCGGUGACAGAGGGAGGGUCGUGUAAGAAGACACCAGCUCGCAUCUGAACCAGGGUGCUGUUUCCUCCAGAAAGAUCAGAUCCCUCUCUCAACUCGAGAGAAGCCGUUCCCGCCGUGGGGAGAACCGGGCUUAGUACUUGCCACCGCUUGGACCUGGGUAUCCCGGGACUCCGAGUCCUUUGAGGUCUUGUUCGAGACUACAGUUCCCAGAAGGCCGCGCGGUGAUCGAAAGCUCUACCAGCCUAUGAGCGGACGAGGCUUCUGGUCGCGGAAAAUGAGGAGCCAAUGGAACUGAUGACUCUCAAUGAUGUGGCUGGGGACUUCAGGGAAGAGUGGGUUACCUGGACACCACUUAGAAAAUCCUAUUCAAGGAUACCACCCAGCACAGUUUGAAGAAUGGGCUCUCAGAGGGAUUUCCAGACCAAGUGUAAUCUCCCAGCUGGAACAGAAAGAAGAGCCAUGGGUGCUACCACUCCAAAAUUUUGGGGCAAGGAAGAUCCUAGGAGAAAGUCAUACGGACUUUGAGAAUCAGGUGACAAAACUCAGUCAGGACGUUUCAGAAACAGCAGAACAAUGUGGAACAUCCUCAGAAAGGGCCAAUAAAGAUAUUUCUCAUACUUCUAGAUGGGGAGGAAACUGGGAGAGGGACCUUGAAGUAGAAGGGCAACAUGGAGCCCUACCAGGAGAGGGCCAACUGGAGCCGCUUCCACAGGAGAAGGAUUUAAACAAGCUGCUGGAUGGAUAUGUAGGAAAGAAGCCUGUGUGUGCAGAAUGUGGAAAAAGCUUUAACCAGAGCUCCUAUCUCAUAAGACACCUAAGAACCCAUACUGGUGAGAGGCCUUAUAAAUGCAUCGAGUGUGGGAAAGGCUUCAAACAGAGUUCAGACCUUGUCACCCAUCGCAGGACACACACAGGAGAGAGACCCUACCAAUGCAGCGGGUGUGAGAAAAAAUUCAGCGACAGCUCUACGCUCAUCAAACAUCAGAGAACCCACACAGGCGAGAGACCCUAUGAGUGCCCACAAUGUGGAAAGACCUUUGGGCGGAAGCCACACCUCAUAAUGCACCAAAGAACCCACACAGGAGAGAAGCCCUACACGUGUCUCGAAUGCCAUAAAAGCUUUAGUCGAAGCUCCAACUUCAUUACCCAUCAGAGGACCCACACGGGAGUGAAACCUUACAGGUGUAGUGACUGUGGGGAAAGUUUUAGCCAGAGCUCAGACUUGGUUAAACACCAACGAACCCACACCGGAGAACGGCCCUUUAAGUGCCCAGAGUGUGGGAAGGGCUUUAGAGACAGUUCUCACUUUGUAGCGCACAUGAGUACUCACUCGGGAGAAAGGCCUUUUAGCUGUCCUUACUGCCACAAAAGUUUCAGUCAGAGCUCACACCUGGUCACGCACCAGAGGACACACACGGGUGAGAGGCCGUUUAAGUGUGACAACUGUGGGAAGGGAUUCGCCGACAGCUCUGCCCUUAUAAAACACCAACGGAUCCACACGGGGGAAAGACCCUACAAAUGUGGCGAGUGUGGGAAGAGCUUCAAUCAGAGCUCCCACUUCAUGACUCAUCAACGAAUCCACUUAGGAGACAGGCCCUAUCACUGUCCUGAGUGUGGCAAAACCUUCAAUCAGCGUUCCCAUUUUCUCACACACCAGAGAACACAUACAGGAGAAAAACCUUUCCACUGUAGUAGAUGUGACAAGAGCUUCCGUCAGAAAGCACAUCUCUUAUGCCAUCAAAAUACCCAUUUGAUCUAGGAAAUGGUUUGAAGUGCUUCUUCUGCCCCUUUCCAGAUUUUCAUUUCUGUUGUCUCCAGGUGCUCCGUGUAUAGAAAGCCUGAACAUGGGCAUCAGUGGCUCAAGUUGGGCCUUUUCCUACGCUUUAAUGGUGAGGAUAAACCCAUAGGCCACAAAUAAUGUUUUGAAUACAAAAGGCAUUCCUUCAGUGUUUUUAACUGACCUUAGGGAAAUGUGAGUUUGAUGGUUGAUGCUUGAUUACUAAACGAGGAGUGAGAUACAUGUGGCCACAUUAUCACUAUUAAUGAUUAAUAUUUGAGAUCUUAUAGAGCCCUUAAUACUAUAUAACACCUGGCCCUUAAAAGACCCUCAAUACGUUUAUUAGCCUUAUGAUUCAAUAAGAAUUCAUUAGCGCUGCCCCACAAACCCAGAACUUGCAAGAAAUUAGAUUGCAACUAGAGGAUUUGGGGUAUGAACACAAAGAUUUAAUAAAACAGAAAACACUCUCCCUAUCCAGUGCUAUGCAGACGUUAGUCACCAGAUAUCUCAUUGCCAUGACAAGGCAGAAUUCUCGUAGAGGAUGUUUGUGGUCUUGUGACUUCAAGGCCGAAAGAAUUUCAGAAGCUCUUUGUACAGCGGCGUAUGAGGUACUCCCACUGGAGGUUUGCUGCCAUCUGAGGCAUAGAAAAUACCCAGAGAUGAGCAAGCCAGAGGAGGCUGGAAGAGGACCGUAAGACUAUUGAAGCAAAAUGGCGGAGAUGUUAAAUAUUACAGGGAUCCUUCCUGGCAUUCAGCUGAGGGGAACAACUCCUGUUUUCUAAUCACCUGGCUCAUGGGCCCUUUAGUUUUAAGUUUAAUUUUUUUAGAGUCAUUCAUUUUAUGCACUAGUACCUUCUUAUAUUUAACGGAAAUAAAUUGAGGGAAGGCAGUGUGUUGGAAAGAACACUGCCUUCAUUGAGAAGGGAAAGUGUUUGAGUUCUGGCCCUGACAUUUAAUUUGGCCAGACUUUACCUUCUCUCAGCCUCUACCUUACCUACCUCACAAGGUUGUUGUGAGGAUCUAAUGCGUACACACACACACACACACACACAUAAGCACUUUGUUGUUAAAUUAUAAAGUAAUAAUAUCUCUAAAAUUCAAUGUUCUGGUAUUGUUGGAAAUGUCUUUCCUCCAAGGAACUCUGGCUAAUAUUUCUCCAGGUGUCCCAUUUUCUCUCAUAAUAACAGCUUUCUUUCUUUACCUGUUGAAAACCUAAGGCCCCAAAUCGCCGAACAAUGCAUUGUGGGUAUACAGGUGACAGAAGAGCCAAAAUUUGGCUGCAGGUCUCCUCUACAACAGCAGAGAACGGACCAGCUCUGAGAUCUGCUAGAGUCUCUGAGACACUACAUGUAGGACUAGACGCCCCAUAUUAUAUGCAUCAAGCCGUUUUGAAUUUGAAUUUGAAAUGGUGGAGGGAUGUAGCCUAAGUUCCAGGGAUCCUGUGCUGGGGGAGUGGGAGGGGAAGGCGGACACAAGUGGUUAAGGAGGGAGCUAGGUUUGUCACACUUGGGAGAGAAAAGAGGUGAGCUGGAGGUAUUCUUUCAAGCCUUCCUGUGGCAAUACAGACUGAAUUAUUGCGUGAGCCUUGGAAC